AUGCCUUUCUUUCUGUCCGCUGCCAUGGCUUCUUCGCAGCUGUUGCCGCCGUUCUGUGUCGAGCACCAGUUAAAGUUGGACCUAUAUAAGGACCUAGGCUCGUCCCGUCCUGUCCACCAUUUGUCAGGGUAUCCCCACAUCGCGCUGGACGACUGGCACCGCAUCCGGGGUUUUCUCGACGAGGAAUUCUGCUCGGACGAUCUAGACAAGAUGGCUGACAGGCUUUGGUGGAUGACUAAGCAGGACAGCGCAAGCAUCUACCCCACGGUGCAAAGCGCGUCGGAUGGCUGGAGCAGCCCGGUUGGCGGUGGCUUCGAGAGAUUGGCUGUCGACGGGGCGACCUGGACGUUAAGGGCCCGUUAG